GCCCUUCCCGCCCCGACCACUAAGCCUUUACCUACAUAUUACACGAUGGCCGAAGUUGAGACUGUCCCGGUCGAGGUUGACCAGGUUGAGCAGGCGGCCGAGAGCCGGGACCGCAACAAUGAGCCUAUUGUGUUCGACGAGUCCCUACUCAUCUACGUGAAGGGCAAGGUGGUGCAACCCAAGCAGCCGGACCACACGGAGUCUCGCCUGUUCAUUUCGAAGCUGCAGGCGGAAAUCACCAAGCGUGGAGAUCGCAUCAAGGAGAUCAAGUCCAUUGAGGAGCAGAUGCGCGGCAACGCUAAGGGCGCGUCUUCUGGCAACAAGGACAUUAUCAACAACCUGAAGACGCUGCGCGACCAGCGAGGCACGGUCAUCAGGCAAAAGCAGGCCAUUCGCGACGAGCUGCAAAGCUGCGAUGCCACGCGCGAGUCUAUUCGUGCGGAGAUGCGCAGCAUUCGCGAUAAGAACCGGAACAUUAACCCGGAGAAGAUUGAGCAGGACAUUAAGGACCUGGAGUUCAAGCUGGCGCACGAGACCCUGCCGGACCAGGAGGAGAAGCGUGUGCAGACCCAGCUCACGCAGCUCACGGCGGCCCGCCCCCUGGCGAAGAAGUACGCGGAGUUCGACGCCCGCCUGAAGGAGACGGAGGCGCAGCGCACGGGCAUUAUGGCGCGCCUGAAGGAGAGCAACGAUGUCAUUGCUCAGCUGGACACGCAGAUCGCCGCCGCCAACGCGGUGCUGGACGAGGCCAAGGCGAAGGCAGACUCGCACUUCGCUGACAUGCCCAGCCUCCAGGUGGAGAAGAAGGAGAACUACGAGAUCAUGGUGACGCUGCGCGCCAAGAUCGACGAGCUGCGCAAGGCUAACGACGCCGAGUACCAGGAAUACAUCAAGCGCGACCGCGCCUACCGCGGCUGGAAGCGCCUGGACGGCCGCAAGAAGUACGAGGAGCGCCAGAAGCAGCGCGAGCAGCGCGACGCGGAGCGGCAGGACGAGACCAAGGCGAUCAUGGGCGACAUCGUGGCGGAGCCCUUCAGCGGCGAGAUCUUCACCUGCGACCAGCUGCUGACGUACCUGCGCAGCUUCACUGCGGUGAAGGAGGAGGUGAAGGCGGAGGCCAAGGCGGUGGAGGUGCCGGCCGGCCUCAAGCCCUUCAAGCGCGAGGAGGUGGUGGACGAGAUGUUCACGGGCGUGCCCAAGAAGGCCGCGCCGCCCAAGAAGGGCGCCGCCGCCGCUGCACCCGCGGCCAAGGCGGCCGAGCCCGCCAAGCCCAAGGUGCAGAAGCUGAACCACAUGCUGGACAUGCUCAAGGUGUUCCUGCAGCUGCAGGUGGAGCCGCCGACAACCACCGGCGGCAUUCCCGCCACCAUUGAGGCGGUGGAGAAGCGCAAGGCCGAGUACAAGGAGAAGCAGGAGGCCGCCAAGCGGGCGCCGCCGCCCAAGCCGGCGGCCAAGGAGGAGCCCAAGGAGGAGCCCAAGGAGGAGUCGAAGGAGGAGGAGCCGGAGGCGCCCGCCGCCGCCAAGGAGGAGGAGAAGCCGGAGGCGAACGGCAAGCACGAGGAGAAGGCCGCGCCUUCGACCAGCGCGCCCGCCAAGGAGGAGGAGAGGGCGGCGCCGGCGCCAGCCAAGGAGGAGAAGGCGGCGCCGGCGCCAGCCAAGGAGGAGGAGAAGGCGGCGCCGGCGCCUGCCAAGGAGGAGGAGAAGGCGGCGCCGGCGCCAGCCAAGGAGGAGGAGAAGGCGGCGCCGGCGCCUGCCAAGGAGGAGGAGAAGGCGGCGCCGGCGCCUGCCAAGGAGGAGGAGAAGGCGGCGCCGGCGCCAGCCAAGGAGGAGGAGAAGCCGGCGCCGGCGCCAGCCAAGGAGGACCCCAAGCCCGCUGAGGCCGCCGCCUCCUCGAGCAAGAAGGACAAGAAGGGCGCUAAGGAGGAGAAGAAGGAGGAGGCGGCGAAGGCGGAGGAGGUGGCGAAGCCCGCGGCGCCGGCACCGGCGCCGGUGGCUGCCAAGUCGGCGGCGUCCGGGAGUGGGGUGGACGUGAAGCUCAAGGUGGAGGGGAACAAGGUGCACGUGUCCGUGCGCGCCGCGUAAGCGGGUAGAGGAGCGGGUAUGGGGUUGGCGGGCCGAGCGCGCGUGCGCCGCAGGCAGGCGGCCGCAGAGGCGUGUGCAAAGGCGCCGCGCGCCGUGCUCCCUGGUUGUUUUGGAGGGGAGCAGCGAAGGGUGUCGCCAAGUGGCCUGGAAUAACGGCUUCCGCAGACGACAACACGGCGUGGCGGUGCGGACGCGGCCACAGGCGGCUACUGUGUCCUUUUAGGAAUUAGAUGUGACAGGAGGGAGGGCUGGGGAGCCCGUUGCUGUGCCGGCACGGGAUUUGCCAAGUUACUCAGCGCCGUAGCGCAGAAAUGAAGUAGAUUGACUCGGGAUUCAGAUGCCACUGACGUUUCCUUGGAAUAGUGACGACUUGACCCAUUUGACCACUGACGUUUGUGUGCGCGGAAGGCGCGCCCCCCUACCGUAUGUAGGAUUUGCCUUCACUGGCUGUGUGUGUGGACGGAAGGCCGUUCGCCGGUCUGAGUGUAGGAUGUGCAGGUUGGUGGGAUUCGUUCGUGCAGCCGGAGGUGCAGCGCUGCGCGCAGCUAUAGGGUGGAGUCGUGUUGAUUGUUUUCGGUCUGCAGUCCGAUGAGUCCAAAAGAAAGAGGAGCAUUGUAUCACGCAUGCCCGGUCCACACAUGAUCCUGUAAGCGGUUUGGAUG